AGAUCAAAAGGCUGCUGCUGUUGCGGGAUCGGAUGGCGGAAGCAGCGGAGGUGGGAUUGAGUUCAAUUCGCGGGAGGAUGUGGAGAGGCUCUUGAGUGAGAAGAUGAAAGGAAAGAACAAGAAUGACUAUAAGGGGAAGAGUGAACAGAUGAUAGAGUACAUUAGAAAGCUGAGGACUUGCAUCAAGUGGUUUAUGGAUCUUGAGGAUGGGCAUUUGUCUGAGCUGGAGAAGCUGCGGGGUACUGUGGAAUUUCAAGAGAAGAGGGCACACCGAACUCGAGACUCAGAUGAGGAAAAGAGAGGAGGAACUAAAUAUGACUGUUGAACAGCUUGAGACGAAGUUGGCUUCUUCACUGGAGAGCUUUCAGAAGGAGGAAGCCCUCAAAUUGGCUGCACUCAAGUCAUAUGAGAAAGAAGCUGAAGCAAGAGUUGCUUCUGAGGCUUCACGUGCUGCCCUAUCUGAGGAUCUUGAAAGAGCUAACCAUGAGGCAAAACGCAGCAAUGACCAGAUUAAAAUGUUGCAAGAGACCAACAAAAGAUUGCAAGAGUAUAACACCAGCUUGCAGCAGUACAAUAGUAAUCUUCAGUCUGAUGCAGUAAAAAAUGGUGAGACAAUCUCAAAGUUACAGAAGGAAAAGAAUGCUAUGAUGGACUCCCUGACUUCUUUAAGGGAUCACUCCAACUCACUCAAGAAUCAGUUGGAUUCAUCUAGGACUUCUCUUCAAGAUGCUCUGAAACAGAAAGAAGACUUAAAGAAGGAGGUCUAUUUCCUUAGAAGUGAAUUGCAACAGGUGAGAGAUGACCGUGAGAAUCAAUUGGCACAGGUGCAGACCUUGACUUCUGAGAUUGCUAACUAUAAAGAGCUGACUGGAAAAUCUUCUAAAGAACUGGACAACAUUAUGGCAAAAACCAAUGCCCUUGAGGAAACUUGCUCAUCACAGAGAGUGCAGAUUCAGUCAUUGCAGCAUCAACUUGCAGCUGCAAAUGAAAAGUUGAAGAUGGCCGAUUUAACAGCAAGUGAGACGAUGUCUGAGUAUUUACAGCAAAAGAGAACUCUUAAUGAUCUGCAGAUUCGUGUUGCUGAACAAGAAUUACAGAUUUUGGAAGCAGAAAAACUACGGAAAAAGCUACACAACACUAUUUUGGAACUAAAAGGCAACAUCAGGGUAUUUUGCAGAGUGCGACCCCUUCUGCCUGAAAAGGAAUCUAACACCACAGAAGGAGCAAUUGUGUCUUAUCCAACAUCUACUGAAUUUCUUGGACGGGGCAUUGACUUGAUGCAUCAUGCUCAGACGUAUUCAUUCACAUUUGAUAAAGUAUUCAAUCAUGAAGCUUCACAAGAUGAUGUGUUUGUUGAAAUCUCACAACUGGUGCAGAGUGCACUUGAUGGAUAUAAGGUUUGCAUUUUUGCAUACGGGCAAACUGGUUCUGGUAAAACUUAUACUAUGAUGGGUAGGCCAGAAGCUGACGAAGAAAAAGGGCUUAUACCAAGAUCCUUGGAGCAAAUUUUUCAAACCAGUCAAGCUCUGCAAUGUCAGGGUUGGAAGUACAAGAUGCAGGCAUCAAUGCUGGAAAUAUAUAAUGAGACUAUCCGGGAUUUGCUAUCCCCUGUACGUCCAGGCAGCAAUUUUGAUGCCAAUGUGAAACAAUAUGCCAUUAAACAUGAUUUAAAUGGUAACACACAUGUUUCUGACCUUACAAUCAUAGAUGUCUGCAGCAUUAAUGAGGUUUCAUUCCUCCUCCAGCAGGCUGCACAGAGCAGAUCUGUUGGUCGAACACAAAUGAAUGAGCAAUCGUCAAGAAGCCACUUUGUCUUCACUCUACGAAUAUCUGGGGUCAAUGAGAGCACAGAACAACAGGUUCAAGGAAUACUCAAUUUAAUUGAUCUUGCCGGUAGUGAGCGACUUGCCAAGAGUGGCUCUACUGGAGAUCGCUUAAAGGAAACUCAAGCAAUUAAUAAAAGUUUAUCAGCCUUGAGUGAUGUAAUCUUCUCAAUUGCAAAGAAAGAAGAUCAUGUGCCUUUCAGGAAUUCCAAGCUUACAUAUCUGCUUCAGCCUUGUCUUGGAGGAGAUUCAAAGACAUUGAUGUUUGUAAACAUAUCUCCUGAGUCAACCUCAGCUCAGGAGUCAAUCUGCUCGCUUCGUUUCGCAGCCAGGGUCAAUUCAUGCGAGAUUGGAAUCCCUCGACGACAGACUCAGACGCGCACGUCUGACUCUCGUCUGAGCUAUGGCUGAGAUUUUGGUAUCUGAUUUACCACAACUUUGACUUGUUUGUUCUUAGCAUAUUUAACAACUUCCGACUUAUAACAUUGCCUCGAUGCAAUUUGUAUCGGAAGGAAAAAUGAAAAUGAAAAAUGAAAAUCAUGUUGUCUGUCGAAUUUGUAUCAGUGAGCUUCUGUGUCUGUAUCUCAUUCCUUAUUUGAAGAGAGUAAUUUGUGUAUUACACUUGAAUACCUUUAUAAGAUCAACUAUUCCUGUUU